AAAUCGCCAAGGUUCGACCUAGAGGUUGUGGAUUUGACCAGAGAUUUAGUGUUACAUAAAUAGCAACGUGGCUUACUACUGCUAUGGAAUAUUUGUAACAGACUUUCGUUGGAUAAAUUCCAAAGUUCAAGCAAAUAUGGAACAGUCGUCUGGGACACCGAACCUCAUCGUUAACGAAACUUCGAACACUGAUAUGAUCAACAACGAACAAAAAUAUGGACAUAACAGUAUCCAACCAAAGGAUAUUCAUAUAUCAAGUACUUCAGUAUCUGUACAUCAUCGUCGCAAGCGGUCGCAUAUAUCAUCAUUAUCGGGGCCUGUGCAUGCAGUUAAUCAUAUAGAAGCACCCACAUAUGGGGAAUAUGGAUUUCCAUCGUUAAAAGAUCAUGUUGACAUUGCAGAGUCGGCAGACGAGGAAAAUGUACUUCUUAGUUGCAAUCCUGAACAUUUUCUACGUAGUGAUUCAACUCUUGGUGAAAAAUCCGUCGAUUCGCUAAAGCUCGCUAAACUCGAUCCGGAAUUCCGUGACUUGAUCUCACGUUAUGUCUGCUCGGAAUAUGUAGUUCAUUGUCUUGAACUGGCAGGCUUUUGUACACCGUAUGUUGUCGCCCGGCUAGAUGAUCAUCAGUUACAGAGGCUUGAGACGUUUGUUGGACAUGCUUGUUCGAUUAUGAAGUCAAUUACCUUACGAGAGCAUUUCGUAGGGCCCAUUUUUGCAAAUGAUCCAUUAAAGUUUAAACUACCCUCAGGUGCUGCUUGUGGAAUUCUUUUGGCUGCACACGAAAUUCGUCGGAGGUAUCGUCGAUCUCAGUUAUCAAUAGAGGGUCAAAAUCCUAUUGAUGAGGAUAUCAUAAUUGUCCCAGACUCAUGUGAUCAGAGCUUCAGUGAUAUAGGUUGUCAAACAGAUUCUUCAUUGUCUCACUUCAUUUCUUCAGCAUCUUCACCGCCUGUUACCUUGGCUGACCCAUUACCAAGCAACUUUGUGGAAAAUUCGGAUUCAACAUCUCCAACAUCGGUGGUAAAUUUGACGUCGAAAACCUACUUUUCAGAUUCCCCGAAUCCCUCACGCAGGUCAGAACCAAGUGUUCCACCUUCUGACGGACCAGCAGUGAUCAUGGCUGCUGCUCUCCAAGCUGCCGCAGCUGCUGUGAGUGGAAAUGGAUACAAUAAUAUCACUUUGUUUUCUAAUUCUUUACCCGAUGAAACCAGUUUAACGACACUCUCUGGUUUAAGUAGCUGUAACUCUGGUGAUACAAAUCCUGUGCUUCAUCCAGGAACUAGCAUCUCUCCUGUUUCAUCACGUAAUACGAUUCCAGUGUCAAAUAUGCCUUCUGUCGCCAUCACAUCAAAUGCUAUACCAUCUCAUUCUAACUUUUUGAUCAAUUCCUCUCCAGUUGGAUACGGAAAUGGAUUAUUUGAGAAUGAAGGAGUCAAUUUGGAGCGCUUGAAACAGCAUUCUUCAGCUAGUGCAAUCAGGUUAGCAUCACGACAGUUUGUUAACGCUUAUCUUAUGCGUGGUCGAGAUUUUGAUAUGGAAAUGGAAUUGUCAGUGACGCCUGAGGGUUUUAAACGUGUUACUGGUAUAUUUUAUUGUCAUCUCUGCAGAGAGAAACGUGAGCGCACAUCAGCCGUACGCUUUUCCAUAGCCCGCAACAGGUAUCCAGUUUUGAGUAAUGUAUUAUCGCACUUAAAAACACAUUUUCAUUAUCGGGGUCAAACGUUAUCAGGAUUGCAGGCUGCGGUCACCCAACAAACUCAGAACUUACUGAAGUCGGCUAAUGAGUCUUUUAUUGGAGAAGGUUUAGGUCAGUCUCCAGGACCGUUCAACAGUUCGAGCUGUCGCACUGAUUUUACGGUACAACAUACAACUAAUUCAUCUAAUACAUCGCUUCUGCCCACAUCCAUUUCUCUUAACCAAUUUCAGUUACAAAUGAAACCGGAACCAGGAAACUGCACGUAUACUAUUGAAGCUGAGGGCAUUGAAGACUCUAGUUCUGUGCAUCAGAUUUUCAACAGUUUAUCUCCGCCAAAUAGAUUAAGCUCACCGGAUACCAAAGGUUCGUCUCCCACUCGAGGUUUGGAACUCAAAGUCAUUAUCCCAUCGCGACCAAAUACAGAUAGCCAAUGUAAUACGCUAACCUCGUAAUGUAAAUCUUAUAACUUUCCCCCACAAAUAUAUGAUUCUCAUGUUAUGAAUACUGACAUGCCUGUCCCAAAUAUUUUUUUUAAAGCAUUAACACUUCGAACAUGUACACAAUGUUUAUUUAGCAUUUCUAUCCAUUCCAUAGAGAAAAUUGUGUGUAAAUACCAAUAGUUUAUUAUCAUCGAUAUUCAGAUAAGUGUGUAUAUUUGUAUAUAAAUCCUUUUAUUAAGUA